AUGUGGAGCGACGGCUUCGCAGAGAGGGCGCGCCGUCAAGCGGACCCUGCGGUGAGAUGUCGCCGAGCAGAAGCAGCUCGGGCUCGACGCCAAGACCCUGCGGUGAGAGCCCGGGAGGCCGAAGCGCACAGGGCUCGCCGUCAAGCAAACCCGGAGGUGCGGGCCAGAUAUGCGCGCCGUCGAGCGGACCCCGCGGUGAGAGGUCGCAAAGCAGAAGCAGAUCGGAAGCGGCGGCAAGAGAACCCCCAAGUGCGGGCGCGGGAUGCCGCGGCUAAGCGUCAAAAGCGGUUGCUACCUGAGGUUGGCGGCGCCGACGCGCGCUUCAAGCGGGAUUUCCUCGACCACACCUUCGGCCACAGCUGCAAGGUAUGCGACCGCUUGUGGUUCGACAAUAACAUGACCAUAAUCGCGAGCAUCCGUAACGAGCAGUCCCGCACCAACGCCGUCGCAGUCCUUGAAAGAGAGUUCCCUGUCGCUGCCACGCCAUCGGCCCCGCCGACAGACUUCAGUACGUACAGAGUUUGCUCUACGUGUAAAAGCGCUCUGGUGGCGGGAAAAGUUCCUACGAUGAGUGUUACGCACGGGUACCGAUAUCCUCCCCGGCCCUCUCACCUGCCUGCUCUCAACCCCGUUGAAGAACGCCUGAUAGCUCCACGUCUGCCAUUUAUGAGCGUCAGGCGUUUGACUCACGGCAGCGGCCAGUACGGCAUAAAAGGGGAGGUGGUUAAUGUGCCGAUCGACGUGGCCAAGACUGUGCAGUGCCUGCCGCGGAACGUGCCCGACGACGCCGCCUUUGACGUACACAUCAAGCGCCGGCUCGUUAACAAGCCUUCCUACAGAAAAGGUCUCGUCAAGAAACGCCACGUGCAUGCCUGGCUCAAACAUCUCGAACAGUCACCAUUAUACAAAUACCUUAAAAUCAAGAUCGACUGGAGCCGCCUCGUGGCACAAGAGGAAGACGACGGGAAGGUCAACGAUGACGAGAUCGAGCCGGCGCCUGAAGUCACCGACCUCGACGAUCCUUUACAGGCUGCCAUCGCACUCAACCUCAUGAGUCACACGAUGUUCAUUGACGAUGCGGCCAUUGUGAACACGAAGAGGGACGACUUCAUCGGCGUCGCCGAAGAACAACAACAGCUGUGCGGGUUAAUGACAGGCACGCACAGUCUCCAUCUGGCACCCGGCGAAGGUCAAACGCCAAUCUCGCUGCUCUUUGACGAGUACGCCGAAGAGCUGUCCUUCCCACAAAUCUACCUAGGCGUACCUCGUCAAAUCACCGGGCCUCGACCGACACCGUUCGCCAAGGCGAGCAGCGAGAUCCGCCGGACCGAUCGUCGUGGAGUCGGACCGGAGCACGUGCUCUACAUGGCCAUGAAAGUCAUGAGGCACAACGUUGCUGAGAAGACCAUGACAUUCAAGACCAACGCCGCCACCAGUGCAUUCACGCGGCAGCAGUUCGAGACGGGUGGACACGAGUUCCUCGACGACGUCCUCAACAGAAACCUGGCGUUCAUGAGGGGCAUACCCAACACGGUUCAAUACUGGCAAGACCGUCGAAAAGAACUCUUCGCUAUGAUACGCCAGUUGGGUAAGCCCCAUGCGUUCCUGACGCUGUCUGCCGCGGAACUGCACUGGAACCGGCUUCUCGAGACGUUGGAGCGGCUGCGCGUAGGGCCAGACGGUGUGGCGCGAGUCAUCGACCAACUCGACUGCAUGCAGCGCGUGGAACUCGUUAACAAUGAUCCGGUCGCGUGCGCCAUAUACACGCACCGGAUCUUUGAUGUCAUCCUUAACGUGCUCAAAGACAAGCGCUGCUCGCCCUUCAAGCCCUACGUGGUUGUGGACUUCUUCAAGCGGGUGGAGUUCCAACAGCGUGGCAGCGCCCACAUCCAUACCAUCCUGUGGUUGGACAGCGCACCCGCCGAUGAGGAACUGAGUGCCGACAUGCCACGGACCUUAGAGAUGGUCGAAAGUCUACUCACCUUGGACAGGGAUCUGCUGAAGCGUCCACGAACUCAAAUGCACGCUCACACUCACACGUGCUACAAGCGGGGAAGAACCAAAUGCAGGUUCGGCGCCCCGUUCAUGCCCAGCAACGAAACCAGGAUCGUCUUGCCCUUCCCUCCCACAGAAGACGCAGCUGAAAACGCGCGCCGACAACAACUGCGCAAGCGGUACGAAGAUAUGCACGACGCUUUGGAGAGGGGAGAGUUUGCGUCCUUGGAAGAGUUUCUGGCCACCUUUAAUGUCCGCUCUGACAAAGAGUACAUGGACAUCUUAAAGGCGGGGUUUGCGCGUCCCUGCGUGCUUCACAAACGGACCCCCGCUCAAAAGUUCGUGAACGCCUUCAAUCCGUGGAUUGCCAAGGUGUUAGACUCCAACAUGGAUCUCCAGAUCAUCCUGGACUACUACGCCUGUGCGACCUACGUAGUGGACUACGUCAACAAGGCAGACCGUGGCAUGUCAAACCUCCGCAAGGCCGUUCAACAAAUCCUCGAAGAAAACCCCAACAUGGAGUACGCUGCCGUCGUGCGGUCCAUCGGAGUCAACAUGCUCAGGGGGGUGGAAAUGUCAGCUCAAGAGGCGGCCUGGUUCCUGCUCCGACAAGAAAUGUCGCAGAAGAGUCGGGAUGUUGUCUACAUUCCCACCUGCUACCCCGAGGAACGCGUGCGAGUCCGCAAGACUAACGAAGAACUGGCCAAGCUCAGCGCCUCGCCAACCGACGUCUGGAAACUCAACCUCGUCCAAAAGUACGAAGCCAGACCGCGCGAGUUGGACGACGUUUGCCUUGCGGACUUUGCUAGCAAGUACCGGUGCAGCGGCGCCAACGGCUACGUUCUCCGCGACCGCCCUGUAGUCAUCCGCUACCGGCACUACUCUGUCAAGACUUCGCCUGACAACUUCAUGCGUGAAGAGGUGCUUCUCUACGUGCCCUUCAGGAGUAAGACUGUGGACGUGCUCGACAACAGCCGCUACACACAACUCUACGAACAGCACAAGGAGCUGAUAAACGCAAAGCAUGGAGAAUACAGCCCUGCCGACGACGACGAGAUCGUGGCCCAGCUGAUCGAGGAAUAUCAUCGGGACGAAGAAGCAACCGCCGAAGCCACCGCCGUCGCCACCGACGAUGUCAACACCACCACCAUUCACCAAGACGAAGACGCCGACCUGCUCCCAAACGAAGAUCUGAUGCGGCUCGUUAAGGAGACUAGCUCGUGUGCUGCCGUGCGCAAACGACAAGACGUCAUGGACGUUGGCGAGUACGUCAAGCUAAUGCGCAUGACGAACGCCGAGCAGUACGAGCUGCUCCGAGAGAUCAUCCACAGGCAGACUACUCUCGGGGCACCUCCGUUGCGUGUCUUCUUGACGGGACCUGCUGGGUGUGGCAAAACGUUCGUCCUGCGUCUGGUGAUGGACGUGUACAACCGGUACAACAACAACGCACCCUACAACGCAUUCGUUAUGUGUGCGAGCACGGGCAAGGCGGCGGUGGCAGUAGGGGGAACCACCGUGCAUGCGGCUUUCAAGCUCUCCCGCAGCAAGACGAGGGACCUCGGAGGUUUAAGCGACAGCGAGCUGAACACGUUCCGCGUGGCCUUUCGUCACGUCAAGUGUGUCAUCAUCGACGAAGUCAGCAUGCUGUCCGCCGACAACCUUGACAUCAUCGAAUGCCGUCUCCGACAAAUCACUCAAAGGCUCCACGAACCCUUCGGGGGACUGGACGUGAUCAUGUGCGGCGACUUGCGUCAGUUGCCGCCCGUCAGAGCCAAUGAGGUGUACAAGAGGUGCAGGGACGGAGGCAGCGGGCUCUUUGGACCCAUCAUCAAAUGGCAGUACCUGGAUUACUUCGCACUCGUCCAGGUAGUCCGCCAAGCCGAUGCCACCUUCUCUGCCCUGCUUACCAAAAUCGGAGACGGCAGACCGCUCGACGAAGAAGAGGUCCGGCUGUUGGAGAGCCGCUUCGUCACCGCCGAAGAAGCCUUACGUCGCGCACCCUCCGCCAUUCGCAUCUUCCACAUGAACAGCGAGGUGGACAAGUUCAACGCCUCCGUGGCCUCGCAGCCACAUGAGCAGUCCAUCGUUCGCUUGAGGGCUAAGGACAUGUACCUGGGGUGCGCGACGCAAGACGCUCUGCAGAAGGCGACGGCCAAGGUCGAACGCAUGUCCCACACCGAAUUCGCCAACCUGCCCAUGGAGAUUCUCAUCGUCCCGAACAAGCCCUACAUGAUCACCACCAACAUCGACGUCGUCGACGGGCUUGUCAACGGGGCGGUGGGGAGUCUAAAGUUGUGCGAACGAGUGGUGGUGCGCGAAGAAGACGCUUUCCCGAAACGGCUAUGGCUACAGUUCGGCGUGCCCACUACCGGAAAACUCGCUCGCCUCCGCUCUCGUCAUGCUGUGAGCGAGGCCGUGCGAAACGGCUACGCUGUAGAACCGUCCUGGAUACCAAUCGAACCUCGCACGGUCACGCUCACCCUCGACCGCACGACGGGCGUUUCCUGCAGACGCAAGCAGUUCCCCCUCGUGCAAGCCAGUGCCAUAACUGUACACAAGUCUCAAGGGGGAACGUACUCUUCGGUGGUAUACGAGUACAGCAAGACACACCAGCAGAAACUCGUGUACGUGACACUCAGUCGCUGUACCACCAUGGAAAACUUGUACCUGACCAACGCCAAGGGGGACCGCCACUUCUACCACAAGACCUCCAACGAACACAAGGACAUGCUCGGCGAGUUUCGCCGUCUCGAGCAGCACAGGUUGCCCACGCAAACGCAACGCUACCUUCGUGCCCUGCGAGAAGACGUCGACCGCUCGACCGAGUUCACCCUUGCACUUCUCAACGUGCGGUCCCUCAACGCACACGUUGAUGACAUCGAACAUGAUCCCGUCCUGACCGCAGCCGACGUUCUCUGCUUCACGGAGACGUGGAACGCUGGAAACAUGCACAUCAAUGCAUUCGUUCCAGUCGUCUACACCAAAGAAUCGGAGCGUCCUGCGGGCGGUGUCGGGAUCUACGUGAAGCUACCUGAUGCGGCUGAAGAUCUCGCGUUGCCAGUAACCAGCCAGAGCCAUAACGGGGAGCACGCCGCUGUGAAGCUCUCAUCCGGGAUAGUAGUGAUGGCCAUGUACUUGGCGCCGAACUUGUCGCAAGCAGACGUCACCAAGUACAUCGAGAAGGCAAUGCAUCGAUACAGCACCGAGUUCAAACGCGGUCCCUUCGUACUCGUCGGAGAUCUGAACGUUGACAUCAUGCAAAGCGAUUGCCUCCGCGAUCGGUCCACUGGUUACACCGGCUACACUGCCUCCGGGAUCGGCUCAUCUUGA